AUGUGGUAAGAAAAACUUAUGCUUCGCGCUUCUUAAUUUCACGGCAUUUUACGAAGUUCUGUAGCAAAUAGAUGUGCGCAAUUCCGCACGAUUUCUGAGCCACACUACGAGUGGACGCUUUCAAAGGUGGCCGUGUAUAUCAGUAGUAACUUUUUAUUGCGUUCAUCUGCUGCGUUCUUCUAAGAAAUCGUUUGCCUUUAGACAUAUACUUCUCGGUUAGCAUUUAGCUUUCUGCAACCAUCUGCCACGGACAUAUCUUGGAAGCGUCCCGCUAUCCCAAUAGUGUUGAAGUUUUCGGCAGAAGUUCACGAGUUCACUGUUAGGGUUGCAGAUGAUUGGAAAUGAAACUGGAUUGGCUCAUGUAGGACUCUUUUUUGACGGAUAUAAUGACUGCUUACUUAUAACGCAUCUGAUAUUGGGCAGUCUUAGACAGGUUAACUUUUAAACGUAUGGUUUGGCGUUGACAUGCAGGUAGCAGUUCUCGUCCUUUCCUCAUAGUCAUUCCUUUCUGUCAUCAGAGAUCACUAGUACAGGUGAGGACAUGUGGAAAUAAUUUCUGCCCGCCACUGCAUAUUUUAGUGCGUACAGAUAUGGAGCGUUUUUAUGUCACUUUGUGUGUUUGCAGCCAUCUGCUAUCACCUACGCAUGUGUCCAAUUUCCCGCCCUUUAUGAGGGUGAAUUUACAGCUUCCGAGUCGUCGAAGACUUCGGACUUCAGUUUAAAGACUUGUUCGCCAGUCAGUCCGACACUGUUACAAUUAAUUGUUAAUUUUUCCUGCAUGGCCGACUUUAAAAAUUCCCCAAUCACCCUCACGUUUGCGGUUCCCAUUUUGCCUUUUGGAGACUAAGACAAAGGAAGCUGCUCUGUAAUUUAUAGGACCGUCACAAGGAAUACUUGUCGUCAUGGUAGGAUUUAAAUCUGUCACAAUGUCAGACUUUUUGUGUUUCUUUCUUAAGCCUGCGGAAUUCAGGACCACUUUUAUUGCGGCCUAUCAGAACAACUCGCAUGACACUAUUUCAUUCAGGCGGUCCUUUAUCCUUUCUUGAAGGGUCCUCUUUGGUCAGCGUGCCCCCAGCCUCGUCACCCCUCUACGAACCCUUCCAUCAGCUCCUCGAUUUGACCCGGGGUAAGUCUUCUUCUUUGUUCUCUCCGAAUUUUCAGCUGGCUCGGAUGGUAUCAACUGCCUGCCUCGGAGACGCCGUUUCGAUGCUUCAAUGUCACCUAUGGGCUACUUGACAGAACGACUACGGGUCCUGUGUAGGAGAUGGUCUCUUUCUCUCUCGCCUGCCAUGGCUAUGUCAUUCACGCCGAACUACACCACAAACCACCAUUGGGGUAGGGAAUGCAUUUUGACUCGCUUGCCCUACUGCUAACUGCAGUUUUCCUAAUGUAAUUUAUUUGCCGCCUUCUUUACAAUAAAGGUGGUUUGACUUGAAGUUGCUUAUGUAGGGUGUGAUAGAAACGGAACCUUCAGGGGAUUGUGAUUGUGAUCAUGAAGUCCACUACCUAAAAUGUGUAAGAGCUGUGUACCUGUGUGGCAGUACCUAAUCCCGACACGAACGGUUACCGCCGAAAUCUCAUUACUUACAUUUGGAAGUCGAUCUGGAGCAGUUUUAUGACGACGUUUUGAUCGCCUACAUGAGAUAACUUUACCGCCAAACUCGUGACACAGAAUCAAGCUUCGUUCAUUGAAAUACGAGCCCUUUUAAGGCGUCGCAUAGCGUCCUCUGGUCGUGAACGUCAGCAAGCGCCACACAGACUGUCUGACCUGACCAUAUCUGCCAUUCUCGACUCUUUCAGAAGUAUUAUACCCUUUAGGCCUAGAAUUUUAAGCUGCGCACAUGAAGACGAACGUAUAUUUCCUAGUGGUUUUUUUCGGCAGUCCGUGUUGGGUUGGACAUCAGGUUGUGAACUCCUGUUUGUACGCGCACAUCAACAAAGCAACCGUUAUUUGCAAGUACUAAUCAUAGAGAAAUAAGAAAAGCGAGUGGCCGAGAGAACUGUAAUUUAAAGUCGGAACGGCAGAUUUUAAAAGCCUGAUGUUCUGUCGUGGAGUCACCCGUCUGCGUUCUGCCUGACGCAGUCAGGGAUAUUGUCUUUUUCGGCCCCGGCGACUUCUUUGCACCUAUUUUUAUUUCGCCGUCACUCUAGGCCGGAGACCCUGCUGAUGGUUUGUGGACCGCAGUUGUCACUUGAAAGAAAUGAAUACAGGCUGCAAGAGAUGCUACCCCUGAGACGCUUCCUUGAAAAUGAAAUCCUCCCAGCGAUCCACGCCGAGCUCUUCGAUUCCCUCAUUGCCUCCCAAUCACCUACGACUCCUCCCCCUCCUUGCCUUGCUCAUUAA